AUGAUUGUUUAUUUAGCUGUAUCCGAUCACGCCGUCAGUUCGGUUUUACUUCAAGAAACACCUGAACUGAACCCCGUAUAUUUUGUUAGCAGGACACUCCAAGGUCCUGAAUCUCGAUAUCAGUUAAUGGAGAAAGUGGUACUUGCCUUAGUCCACACAGCUCGUCGGUUAAGACACUACUUUCAGAGCCAUCGGAUGGUGGUACGUACAGAUUGUUCGAUGGCCAAAAUUCUGAGGAAACCAGAAUUGGCUGGUUGGUUGGUGGCAUGGACAAUUGAAUUAUCUCAAUUUGAUAUCCAUUUCGAGAACCGACGCCCCCUUAAAGCCCAGGUGUUAGCCGACUUCAUCAAUGAGUUCACUACACAACAUAAUACCAUUUCAGACAUGUGGAAUUUGCACGUUGAUGGAUCAUCAAAUCAAUUAGGCAGUGGAGCGGGGGUCAUUCUUGAAGGACCGAAUGCAUUCGCCACUGAACAGUCUAUCCGGUUUGGAUUUAAGGCAUCCAACAAUCAAGCCGAAUAUGAAGCUUUACUCGCCGGUCUCAGGCUAGCAAAGGAGAUGGGGGUUAAACGCAUUACUGCUUGGAGUGAUUCAAAAAUUGUAACCGAACAAGUUAAUGAUACCAAUCAGAUCAGAGACUCGAUCAUGCUUAAAUAUUACCAGGAGGUCAAGAAAAUAAAAACCGAGUUUGAGGAGGUAUGUAUUCGGUACACACCAAGAAACAUGAACGCACGAGCCGACGGCCUAACCAAGCUGGCUAGCCAACGGAAACUAGGGCAGCUGCAGAGCGUGGUUCACCAACAAAUCCCCCAACCUAGUGUCACCAAACAAGAAUCCAUGGACAUAGAAAAUUCAUCUCAUAAUUGGAUGACCCCUCUCAUUCGACACCUCACUGAUGGCAGCCUCCCACAGGAUACAGCUGCAGCUAAGAAAAUAAAAGCACAUGCAGCCAAAUACCUUCUUCUUGGCAAAGAAUUAUAUCGAAGAGGAAUUUCCACCCUCAUGCUUAAAUGCCUAGACGACGAUCAAGCUAGCUACGUCAUAAGAGAAAUCCAUGAAGGUAUUUGCGGAACCUAUUCGGGCGAACGAACUAUGGCAGCGAAAGUGCUCAGAGCCGGAUACUACUGGCCAACAAUAACUCAAGAUUGUCAUUUGUUUGUUAAAAAAUGCAUUCCCUGUCAACAACACGACCCUCACCUGCGCCAACACGCCGAUACUCUUUGCCACAUUAAUUCUCCCUGGCCCUUUGCUAUUUGGGGAAUGGACCUCCUCGGUCCUUUUCCUUUAGCAAAAGGGCAAUAUAAUGGGCUUCAGUUUGUGAAUCGUCGGUUCAAUGAGUUCCUGGAAGGCCUGCAUAUCAAACACCGAGUUACAUCUGUUGAACAUCCUCAGACGAAUGGCCAAGCCGAGGCCGCAAACAAAACCACAACAAAAGAAAUUGGAGAGCCUUCAUUCAGGAGGGAGAAUUUCAAAGAAUCGGCUAAUGAAGAGGCGCUGGCCGUCAACCUGGACUUAAUAGAUGAAAUACGUGACCACGCUGCCAUUAUGACCGAGGCUAGUAAAAGAAUGAUGGCUAGAAAAUUUAACUCCAAAAUCAGUCCACGACAAUUCUAUAAAAACGACCUGGUAUGGCGAGUAACCGGGGACGCACGCAAAGAUCGGCGAGAAGGGAAGUUGGUAGCUAACUGGGAAGGCCCCUUUCGGGUAACUGCAAGAUUAAAUAAUGGAGCAUACAAGUUGGAAACAUUGGAAGGAAAAUUAAUAUCGAGAACCUGGAAUGUCACUCAUUUGAAGCAUUAUUAUAGUUAA